AUGGCGUCUUUGAGAUCCUCCGCCUUCCAGUCCCUGAUCCGGGUAAGAUCCCCAUUGCUGCGUUGCCAGCAACGACGAUGGGCUCAAGUACACGACGUCCGCUUUCUCGCUACGCAUCACGAUCCUAAGCAUGUGCUCGACAAGUACCGGGCCAAGCUCGACCAAAGAGCUAAGGAAGAGGGACAUGAUUCUGUCGACUCUCUAAAGGACGCCUACAAGGACAAGAUCCACGAUCUCCGUCGCAAAGCAGAAACACCUUUAACCCCCGAGCCCGAUCCGUCUUCUCCUGGAACACCAUCAGCCGUUCCCCCUCCGCCCCCGAAGCCGCUGGCUCCUGAACUCCAAGCGGCUGCUUCGGCUACAAAAAGCGGUAUCAAGCCGCUUGACACCUACCUCGACGUGGAGAAGAUUCGUGAACUUCCUCCCAAGGAAAUCGAAGCCCUCUGGCGUCUCCGCAAUGUCAAUCAGUCCAACUCCAUCUGCGCCGUUAUCCCCAUAGACACAUACCAUCGCAUUCUCUCCGCCGCUCGCCAAAACCCUCAGUUCAUCCUUCCCCUGCCACGCACCAAGACCGCACAACAGCCGGCAGAAGAGAGUCCUGAUGGCGAGGCCAAAACCAUCACCACCGCCGGCGCGGACAUUCACUUCCUUCAAUGGGGCUUCCACCCACCGGCUUCGGCGUCCUCGUCUACGGUCCCCUCGACGAACCCGGCCAACGACCACACCUCCACCAUCAUCUUCACCAACCUUGAAGCUUACAAGCUGCACGGCUCCUUCGCGCAGCCCCACACCACCAUCACCCACCAUCUGGACCUGGCUGAUGACAAGGGCCUGGUUCUUAUGCAUGGUCAAGUGAUGCCGGAUACUGGCGUGUCUACUUCCGAAGCCAGCUGGCUGGUUAGUUGUGUGCAGCGAUUCUAUGAUUUCGGUGGUCAGGCACAUGGACGGAAGGGUGAGCUGCUCCGCAUGUUUACACAGGGUGAUGUGCAAAACUUCAAGGUUGAAGAGCUUUUGGAAGAGGCGGAGAAGAUGUAA